GCAGCGCCAAUGUGACGACAAUACGUGCAUGACAUUGACAUCUGAAAAAUAUAUUAGCUACGGGCAAGUAAUCUUAAACUGGAAAUGUCUUGGUUUCCUCCCACGGGAUAUCACUGCCGCCACGUUUGCUCUUAGUACGUUACCUGGGAAGACUGUGCUGCGUUCGUGUAGACAAAAAAAACUACGAGUGGUUAGGCUGUCUAAUCUAGACUUUUCCUCAGCGAUCGGCAUUUGUUUCACAUGGAAAUCAAUUGUCACAAUUGAUUCAGUCACACUCACAUUUUGUCGUCAUUCACUCAUAACUUGCCCCACCGGGAAAUCGUUUGCCGAUUUGUGUGUCGAACUAUGUUUGGAGUAGCAAUCUGAGUUGUUGAAUGUUAUUCAUUUUUUAAAAACCGUAGUCAAAGAGGGUAUAACGAUUUUCGUAGAUUCUCGAAACCAGUGUAACAAAUAUGGAUCCUUUCGUAAUUUUACCACAAGAAAAAGCUCGUUAUGUCGAGCAAUUUAACUCACUGAAACCGGCUGGAGGAUUUGUAAGCGGAGACCAAGCCAAAGGGUUUCUUUUGCAAUCUCAACUUCCUCCUGUAAUUCUGGGACAUAUAUGGGAACUUGCUGACGUAAAUUCUGAUGGCAAGCUUGACUUUACCGAAUUUAGCAUUGCCUGCAAAUUGAUAAAUGCUAAACUCAGAGGAUUUGAUAUUCCUAAAGUUUUGCCACCUAAUUUAAGGAAUUCUGCAUCUUCUGGACUGACAACCUCUUCUGCUGGAACCCCUCCUGCAACUAUGAUGGGAGUCCCAUUGGCUCCUCUAGGAAUGACUCCGUCAGCAGUAAUCCAACCGUUAACCAUGGCUGCUGCCAAACCUCCAUCAACAGUCAUGGCACCACACCUAAACAAUCAACCAUUGGUUCAACCAACAAUCCAGCCCAUGAUACAGCCAAUGGCACAACCCAUGAUGCAGCCCAUGAUGCAGCCCAUGAUGCAGGCUGUACUGCAGCCUACUAUGCAACCCAUAAUGCAACCCACAAUGCAAACCACAAUUCAACCCAUAAUACAGCCUAUGAUGCAACCAAUGAUGCAGCCCAUGAUACAACCUAUUGUUCCAGUAAAUCUUCCACUCCUUGGUGCUGGUUCUCCUGUUGGGUUACCUUUAAUGGCAAACAACAUGCCAGGUAAUGCAGGAAUAGUAUCACCUCCUUCGGCUGCUGCAGCAUCAGCUGUUGUUUCGGGAUUCCCCGGUUCAUCAUUCAGUUUUGAUGGUUCGAAGCCAAAUACCCCCGAUUCGUCAAAAACAGUCGCUAGAGCCCCAUCAAUAGCUAGCAGAGAGUCGUCGAUCGAAUGGACUGUGCCGCAUUCAUCAAAACUGAAGUAUGCACAAGUUUUCAAUAGUCAUGAUCGUGGAAAAACAGGAUUCUUGACAGGUGUUCAAGCCCGUGGGAUACUUGUCCAGACUCAGCUACCACAACCGUUAUUGGCCCGUGUUUGGGGAUUAUCUGACAUCGAUAUGGAUGGACGCUUGUCCUGUGACGAAUUUGUAUUAGCCAUGCAUCUGUGCGAUACUGUUCGAGCUGGAGAUAAAUUACCAGAUGUAUUACCGCAUGACCUCGUGCCACCAUGCUUUCGUCGACCUAGUUUACCUACUGUAACUGGCUUAGUAGUCAGCCCAAAAGGAUCAUCUACACCGGAUUUGCUUGCGCAAGCUUUCGCCGGAACGUCACCGCCUCCUUCGGACGAUGUGAAAGUGACAUCUCCAGUCUCCUUUGAGGAUAAACGAAAAGAAAAUUUUGAUAAAGGUCAAGCUGAGCUUGAUAAGCGUAGAAAGGCUUUAGCGGAACAACAACGACGCGAGCAAGAAGAAAGACAAAGAAAAGAACGCGAGGAAUAUGAACGAAAAGAAAAAUUGCGCCUUGAACAAGAGCGCCGUCAGCAAGCCGAAUUGGAGAAGAAGAUGGCCAAACAGCGUGAACUAGAAAUGGAAAAAGAAGAACAGCGUCGUAAAAUGUUGGAGCAGCGUGAAGCUGCGAGGAAAGAAAUGGAAAGACAACGGCAGCUGGAGUGGCAGAAACAGAGACUGCAGGAACUUCUUCAGCAAAGACAGAAAGAGCAGGAGAAGGUCGCUCUCCUUCGUGCAAAUCACCAACGUCUUCAAACGGAACUCUCUGUCCUGGAUGACAGAGUGAUGGAGCUAUCUUCAAAGAUAAUUGAAACGCGGACAGGCGUUGCUGAAACUAAGAAUACAAUUGACGGUAUGCGAACUACACGUGACACACAAAUGCAGCAACUUUCAGCACUGAAAACGCAGCUUCGGGAUCAAAAUCAACGUCUUCUUAGCGUUAGCCAGGAGAAAGUUAGGCUAGAAGCUAAAAAUCGAAUAAAUGCAGCCACCACACCUAACGCAGUUGACGCUGACUUAACACAGAAUACCACGGCUCGUCAAAUCGCGCUAAAUCAGUCAAAAGAGAAGCUUCAGUUGUUAACGGAAGAGUUGAACAAGAAACUUGAAGAUUCUGAAAACAAUAACGCCCAGUUAAGCACUUUGAGGACCGAGAUGUCUAUACUAGCUCGUACCUGUCAAGAGACGCAUAAGGCAUAUCUUAAAAAGCGAGAAGAAGUUCUACUGUUGCGUGCUACUGGUGGCAAGCAACAGUCUUGGAGUAAUGACUCCUGGUCUGAUUCGGCUAACAGUUGGCCAGUUAGUACCGGAGCCACUCCUGCUGCAGUUGACGUUAGCUCCAAUUCCGGUUUGACGCGUUACCGGGCAUUGUACGAGUUUGUGGCUCGUAAUGGAGACGAAAUCUCUUUUCAGCCUGGCGAUAUUAUCAUGGUCACGGAGUCGCUUUCAAACGAACCCGGUUGGUUGAGUGGGGAAGUACGUGGGCAUGUCGGCUGGUUCCCAGAGGCUUAUGUGGAAAAAAUGGAUCAAGCGGGAUGGCCAGAUACGGGUAGUUCAACAGCAGGCAGCAAUGUUGAUAGUCCCAUAACAGGAGCAAAACGACACCCUCUAGAAGGCAUUCAAGAACUGCCAGAGAACGUCAGUGACAACGGAUCCAUCGCUGAUGCAGGUGCAUCUGUUUCUGCCGCUAUAGAAGCGUCUCAUUUUGCUUUUAUGCCAGUUGGAACAAGAGUAUCAGAAGAUUCAUCCUCUCCUAUCCGUGGACAAGGAGAAAUUGUCGACAACUUGAAAGCAGAAGCCAUUUACGUCUGGCAAGGCAAAAAGGAUAACCACCUCUCCUUCAACAAAGGCGAUGUUAUUCUGGUUCGCGAACAGCAAGAUCUUUGGUGGUUUGGACAGUGUAAUGGGCGAAGUGGUUGGUUUCCUAAAUCAUUUGUUUCCCUUUUCCACACCGAUGCUGCACCGCUAUCUCCAAAAUCAAUUGUCUCCACGCAAAAUACCAAAGAAGACAAUUACUACGUAGCUAUGUAUCCAUAUGAAUCGAACGAGCCGGGAGAUUUGUCAUUCGUGGCUGGUGAAAUGGUGACAAUUAUCAAGAAAGAUGGAGAUUGGUGGACUGGAACUAUUGGAGCCCGUACCGGUGUGUUCCCUUCCAACUACGUUCAGAAAGCUGAGCUUCAAUAUGAAGCCGCCGCUGAUUCCGAAGUUGAAGCCGCCUCAGCUGCUGCCGACGCUGCAGCUGCCGCCGCCGUUGCAGCUGCCGCCGCCGCCGUUGCAAAAACCGUUACGCCUAAUGUGAAGGCGGCAACGAGUCAGCUAGACUCUAAAAGACCCAAUACAGCCCCUAUCGACAGCGAAUUCGAGGCAUCUCUUCCUGGGAUUCCUCGAGCUGCCUCCGCCGCUUCUAGCGGUGCACCGUCACCAUCCAACAUGGGCGUGAAUGCAUUGGUAAAUGAAAAUUUAUUCGAACAACAGGGACGGGGAAGCAAAAAACCUGAAAUUGCCACGGUGAUUGCACCUUAUUCCGCAACUAGUAGUGAACAGCUAUCGCUACAACGAGGACAGUUAAUCAUGAUCCGGAAAAAAUCUGCAUCUGGUUGGUGGGAGGGAGAACUUCAGGCCAAGGGACGAAAACGUCAACUAGGAUGGUUUCCGGCAUCGUACGUUAAAGUGUUAAGCAGCUCGGGUGGAAGCAGUAGAACUACACCUGUGCCUGCCGAAAUGGACGAUGAAAUGCCGCAGAUGCCACCUACCGUUCCAACCCAGACAGCAAUCACUGCAGCUUUCGAAGUUAACAACACCCCUACACUUGAUCAGGUGGUGGCGCUUUUCCCUUACACGGCCCAAAACGAAGAUGAACUGAGCUUCCUGCAAGGCGACGUUCUGAUCAUAUUGGAUCGUGAAGACCCAGCCUGGUGGCGUGGUGAACUCAAGGGCCAGACUGGUCUCUUCCCUUCAAACUACGUCGAGGUCAUGGGAAGUUUGGCUGCUUCAGCAGCGCUAGGAGCAGCUGCCAGUUCAGCCAGUGCCAGCGUUGCUUCUACCGCGACUUCUCAGUGGGCAACAUCGAGACAGACCGAUGCCGCAGCCUUUUCCAAACUGUCUCCUACUGAGAAAAAGCGCCAAAUUGUUAUCCAAGAACUGAUUAGUACGGAAGAAACUUACAUGGAGGACAUGUCUAUCGUCAACGAAGUCUUCCAGAAACCAAUGAUUGAGUCGGGGGUCGUCAAACUGGAAGACGUGGACACAAUUUUCGUCAAUUGGAAGGAUAUCAUCGCGUGCAAUAACACGUUUUUGAGGGCUCUACGCAUCCGAAAGAAGAUGAGCCCUGGUGGGGUUAUUCAGGCCGUUGGAGAUAUUUUGAUAGAUUGUCUUCCGCACAUGUCGCCGUACAUUCGUUUUUGCAGUAGGCAGCUGAACGCUGCGGCGUUAAUUCAGAGGCGCCACGAAGGUGUUCCAGAGUUCCGCGCUUUACUGAAAAAAUGCCAACUCCACCCGAAAGUUAAAGGAAUGCCGCUGACUUCAUAUUUACUGAAGCCUAUGCAGAGAAUAACAAAAUACCCUCUGCUCAUUAAAAAGAUUUUGGAAUCAACCGAUGUUGACCACCCUGACCGGCUGCUGCUGGACGAAGCUCUCGUUAAAGCCGAAGAACUCUGCAAUCAGGUUAACGAAGGUGUAAGGGAACAAGAAAACUCAGACAGAUUGGAGUGGUUGCAGCGCAGAGUCCAUAUUGAAGGAUUGGAUGAACGAUUGGUCUUCAAUUCCGUCACAAACAUGCUUGGUCCCCGCAAGCUUAUUCAUUUUGGCCCUCUAAAAAAAGUCAAAAGUAGCAAAGAACUGCUGGCGUUCGUGUUCAACGAUUUCCUCCUGUUCACCACAAUCAACAAACCGUUGGCUUCCAUCAACCUUCAAUUUCUUUUUGACAAGAAAUCCAGUGUGACGUUACGAAUGUAUAGAAAGCCUAUAUUCCUCAGAGAGAUGUCAGUUGUGCCAGGGGAUAAUCAACCCACCGAAGGUGGUAAUGAGCACGAGUCUGUGCCAACACGCUUCACAAUCCAAGACACGGCCUGCAAACUUCUAGUGACGUGUACCAGUUCGGCCGACCGAAUUCUAUGGUUACGUAAACUGGAAGAAGCCCGGAAACACUGCCUGCUGACGGAACGAGCCGUCCUUCAACGCCAAAGAUCAAAACAAAACGAAGGCAAUGUGUGUGGACGAUUGCUGGUACUGGUCAUCGAAGCAGAAAACCUACAACCCAGUUCGGAAACGGUAAGGCAAAGGCCACCCGUAGGCAAAUUGCGAGUCGUCGUUGCUGAAGGCCUCGCUCUUGCUGCACGGGGGAAUCCUAAAGGAAAAAGUGAUACUUUCUGCGAAGUCUACCUCGGAUCGCAAGAACAUCGGACGAAAGUGGUACCGAAAUCUCUCAAUCCCAAGUGGAAUGCAUCAAUGCAGUUUCUAGUUAAAGAUCUCCAGCAAGAUGUUCUCUGCAUUACCGUGUUAGAUCGUGACUAUUUCUCACCGAACGAAUUUCUGGGGCGAACCGAAGUGCGUAUCGCCGAUGUACUGCAAGAUUCGAAAAUUUAUCGUGGACCGCUCAUCAAACGGCUUCCUUUGCACGAAGUAGAGUGCGGAGAAAUCGUCUUGAAGCUCGAUCUUCAGCUAUUUAAAAGCCGUUGACGCCCUCUCAUGCCACAAGAUUAGUGGGUUUCUAUUCUCAUUGAUUUACCGUUUAACCUGUGUAUAACUGCCAAGCUAUUGCAAUCAAAAUUCACCAUAUUUGA